AUGGCGCCUUCUUCUGGACGAAAGCGAGUGCCAGCGCGAAGUGGACGGACAACCACAACUUUUCAGCAAGCGACAGAAGCAACAUCAGAGUCCUCUCCACAAGAGGCUGGCGACUCGCGCAAAGACGAACUGGAGCCGCUCUCACAAGAGGAGCUCUCGAAGAAGUAUGGCUUGGGCUUUGCUUUGCUGCAACGGAUGGGCUAUUCUGCCGGAGCGCCACUGGCUCCUGGUGCUUUGGUCGCACCCUUGGCUGCGAAGGCCAACCCAGGGCGCCAGGGAUUGACCGAGGAGGCGGAGCCGGAAGCCCAAGAGCCCGAUCCAAGCGACCUGACUGGACUGCUGGAUCAAACCCUGCGCAGCAUGCGGGAGGCUGGUGACCUGGAGGAAGCUGAGGAGCUGCAACGCCUGGCAAGCUUUUGUGGAGGAGGCUUGGAAGGGAAUCCGUUGCCGAAGCCAAAGCGGCGACGCCCACGGGAUGAACGUGCAGAUGAUGGAGAUGCUUUGGCAGAAAUUCUACGGCAGUUUCGAAGCCCCGAGUUUCCAGCCGCCGAGCAGCAACUCCUAGUGAUUCAGUCUUGCAGUACUAUAAUUCCUUGGGGAUUGACAUCGGGUGGAACUUAA